AUGGCACCCCUCAACGAUAGCCAUCCGGCCACUCAGGCCUUGCAUGCAGAUGACCGCUUGAACAUGGUGCCCGAUGUUGCACCUCCGAUCCAUCUGUCUACAACAUUCAGAUAUUCGAACAACCCAGAUGAGCUGGUUUUAUCAGAGGACCCAGUCGCGGAAUUCAACGGAAAAAACUACGUCUACUCUCGCGAGUUUGCACCAAAUGCCACUCGCUUCGAAGCCAUUCUCUCCCCUCUUCUCAAAGGCCAUGCUGUGAGCUAUUCCACAGGCCUAGCAGCUCUACACGCUGCAUUGACACUCCUAAACCCCCGGCAGAUAUCAGUCGGCGAAGGCUACCACGGCAGUCACGAAGUCAUCUCCGUGGUCUCUCGCCUCUCGGGUCUUAAGAAGCUCCCCAUUGACUGCGCCGCGGAGAGUCUGAGCAAAGGCGAUGUCAUCCUGCUCGAGACCCCAAUCAACCCAUUCGGGACAGCCUACAACAUCGAAGAGUAUGCUCAAAAGGCACAUUCCCGAGGAGCCUUCCUUAUUGUUGACAGCACUUUUGCACCUCCGGGUUUGCAAGAUCCUUUCCUGUGGGGUGCUGAUAUUGUCAUGCAUUCGGGAUCGAAAUAUUUCGGCGGACACAGCGAUAUGCUCUGUGGCGUUCUUGCAGUAAAGCGGGAUGACUGGGCUAAGCAGCUUUUCGAGGACCGGAUGGCUUUGGGUAAUGUCCUGGGAAAUUUGGAGGGAUGGCUUGGUGCACGGAGUCUGCGGACACUCGAGGUUCGUGUACAACGGGCGAGUGAGAACUCGGCAAAGGUGAUUUUAUGGCUCCAAGGUGCUUUGAAUGCUACUUCUCCUGCACCGGGCUCGGACGAGGCUGUUGUUCAGACUAUUUUACAGAAGAUUUAUCAUGCCAGUCUCCAGAAUGAGCCGUGGUUGAAGAAGCAGAUGCCCAACGGGUUCGGUCCCGUCUUCUCCGUGAUUUUGCAUAGUGAAGAGUUUGCUCGCACCCUGCCGAGCAAACUGCAUUUCUUCCAGCAUGCAACGAGUCUCGGUGGAGUUGAGUCUUUGAUCGAGUGGCGAGCCUUGUCUGAUGCCAGGGUGGAUCGGAAAUUGUUGAGGAUCAGCGUUGGUCUGGAGAAUUGGGAGGACCUGAAGAAUGACUUGUUGCGAGCAUUCAAGGCCCUUGCGGGUGCUCAGUAG